UUCAACUGUCACUGUCAAUUUUCACCCCCGCGAUGCGGUAGCGUCGGCGCGUGUGUAUUUGUUUCAAUAAAAAUUUACUGUAAUUUGUGUUUUGCAAUUUGUGAAACUUCGUGUGAUAAGUGGUUUUAAUUGUGGAAACAUGUUGGUGUUGUUUGAAACCCCAGCGGGGUACGCUAUAUUCAAGUUGUUGGAUGAGUCAAAACUAUCACAAAUAGAUGAUUUGUAUCAAGAAUUCAAUUCCCCAGAAGGAGCAUCAUCUGUUGUAAAGCUAAAGAACUUUAUCAAGUUCGAAGACACAACAGAAGCCCUCGCAGCUACCACUGCAGCAAUUGAAGGCAAAAUCUCCAAACCAUUGAAGAAAGCCCUCAAAAAGUAUGUCAGCAAGGAAAUACAAGACCAGCUGCUCGUCGGUGAUGCCAAACUCGGAAGUGCCAUAAGAGAAAAGUUUGAUUUGCAAUGUGUUUCCAACUCUAACGUUCAAGAGCUGCUGAGAUGUAUCCGUUCACAAAUGGACAGCCUCCUCUCGGGCUUGCCAAAGAAAGAGAUGACCGCCAUGGCUUUGGGUCUCGCUCACUCACUCUCCCGAUACAAGUUGAAGUUUUCACCAGACAAAAUAGACACAAUGAUCGUUCAAGCUCAGUGUCUUCUGGAUGAUUUAGAUAAGGAGUUGAAUAACUACAUCAUGAGAUGCCGAGAGUGGUACGGCUGGCACUUCCCUGAACUAGGAAAAAUUAUUACCGACAACACUUUAUUUGUAAAAAUAGUCAAAUUAAUUGGUACACGAGACAACGCCUCCAAGACGGAUUUAUCUGAUAUUUUGCCUGAAGAUCUGGAAGAGAAAGUCAAAGAAGCUGCUGAGAUAUCCAUGGGCACAGAGAUCUCGGAUGACGAUAUCAUGAACAUCCAGAAUUUAUGUGAUGAAAUAAUUAACAUAACUGAUUAUAGGACACAUUUAACAGACUACCUCAAAGCUAGAAUGAUGGCUAUGGCUCCGAACCUAACGGUUUUGAUCGGUGAACAUAUUGGUGCUAGGUUAAUAGCUCAUGCAGGAUCAUUGAUGAAUUUGGCAAAGCACCCAGCGUCAACUAUACAGAUUUUUGGAGCAGAGAAAGCGUUGUUCCGUGCGCUCAAGACGAAGAAAGACACACCGAAGUAUGGUUUGAUUUACCAUGCACAGUUAGUAGGGCAAUCUAGUGCUAAGAAUAAAGGGAAGAUGUCAAGAAUGUUAGCGGCCAAGGCAGCGCUGGCAACGAGGGUGGAUGCGUUUGGAGAGGAGGUGUCGUUUGAGCUGGGGGCCGAGCACAAGGUCAAGCUGGAGAACAGGCUGCGGCUGCUGGAAGAAGGCAACCUGAGGAGAAUCAGUGGCACAGGCAAAGCAAAGGCCAAGUUUGAGAAAUAUCACAGUAAGAGUGAGGUGAGUCAGUACCCGACCGGCGCCGACAGCACGCUCGGCAAGGCGGUGAAACGCGAGCGCGACGACGGCGUCGACGAGGAGGACGGCGUCGCACCUAAGAAGAUCAAGCUGGAAGAUGGCGCUAAUGAUGUGUCACCUAAGAAGAAGAUUAAGAAAGAAAUCAAAGAAGAACCAAUGGAAGACAAUGAGAACGGCCUAGAGACCUCAGCAGCGCCUUCUUCUGAAAAGAAAAAGAAAAAAAAGAAAAAAUCCGAGUCCAACGACGCUAAUGAAUCGCUGGUCGAACCCAAAUCCGAGCCCGAGGAGCCCAAAAGCGAUAAGAAAAAGAAGAAGAAAAAACACACACAAGACGAGUGAUACUGCUAGUCAAAUUACAACGGCAUUGAUCAAUACGAAA